AUGCACUUUAUAAAGUAUUCUUCUUCAGUUUCUAGAAGGCGUCAUUUUUCGAUCACUAGCAAGUGCUUUCAAGUGAUUGGUGAUGGGGUAAAGGGAAAAGUCACCAAUGCAGCCAAAUUUGUCCGAGAGAGUUACCAUAUCGUAGACCAUGAAUACGACUGUGUUGUAGUAGGUGCUGGUGGAGCAGGUUUGAGAGCUGCUUUCGGAUUAGCAGAGGCUGGGUUCAAAACUGCUUGUAUUUCCAAAGUGUUUCCAACUAGGUCUCAUACUGUUGCAGCCCAAGGGGGAAUAAAUGCAGCUUUGGGCAAUAUGCACAAAGAUGAUUGGCAUUGGCAUAUGUACGAUACUGUUAAAGGUUCUGACUGGCUCGGUGAUCAAGAUGCAAUUCAUUAUAUGACGAGAGAGGCACCUAAAGCAAUUUAUGAAUUGGAACACUAUGGGGUCCCAUUUUCUAGAAAUACUGAAUCAAGAAUAUACCAGAGAGCGUUUGGCGGUCAAACAAAAGAGUAUGGAAAGGGUGGCCAGGCUUACAGGACCUGUGCUGUUGCUGACAGGACUGGACAUGCGCUUUUGCACACAUUGUAUGGUCAAUCCUUACGUCAUAAUACUCAUUUUUUCAUUGAGUUCUUUGCCUUAGACUUGUUGAUGCAAGACGGUGAAUGUGUCGGAGUAAUUGCGUAUAACCAAGAAGAUGGAACAUUACAUAGAUUUAGAGCACAUAAGACUGUAAUUGCAACUGGCGGAUACGGAAGAACCUACUUCGCAUGUACUUCUGCUCAUACUUGUACUGGAGAUGGAUACGCAAUGGUAGCUAGAGCAGGAUUGCCCUUGGAAGAUAUGGAAUUUGUCCAAUUCCAUCCCUCAGGUAUCUAUGGGUCUGGUUGUUUAAUUACCGAAGGUGCAAGAGGUGAAGGUGGGUACUUGGUAAACAGUGAAGGUGAAAGGUUUAUGGAACGGUAUGCACCUCUGGCCAAAGAUUUGGCAUGUAGAGAUGUGGUAGCUAGAGCAAUCACAAUGGAAAUCAACGAAGGUAGAGGAGUAGGUCCCGAAAAGGAUCAUAUGUUCUUGGAGUUGUCUCAUAUUCCAUCAGCCGUAUUGAAAGAAAGAUUGCCAGGGAUCUCUGAGACAGCACACAUUUUUGCAGGAGUCGAUAUUACCAAAGAGCCAAUUCCAAUUAUUCCUACUGUCCAUUAUAAUAUGGGAGGUAUCCCCACCAAAUGGAAUGGAGAGGUAGUAACUAAGAACCCUGAGACAGGAAAAGACAAAGUGGUACCUGGGCUAUUUGCAUGUGGAGAAGCUGCAUGCGCUUCAGUUCACGGGGCCAACAGAUUGGGAGCCAACUCGCUUUUGGACUUGGUAGUCUUCGGAAGAGCAGUUUCCCACACCAUUGCUGAACAAUUGAGUCCAAAUACACCAUUCAAAGGUGCAUUUCCAGAGGACCUAGGUAAGGAAUCAAUUGAAAACUUAGAUAAGUGCAGGAAUGCCAAUGGUUCCAAACGGACUUCAGAGAUUCGAACUGCGAUGCAAAAGACCAUGCAAAAGGGCUGUGCUGUGUUUAGAACACACGAAACUCUUCAAGAAUGUUCCACCAACAUUCUAGAAGUAGACAAUAUGUUCUCGGAAGUCCGGACCUCUGAUCGGUCUAUGAUUUGGAAUUCGGAUUUGGUCGAGACAUUGGAGCUACAGAACUUGUUAACCUGUGCCACCCAGACGGCUGCAGCCGCAUCUGCAAGAACAGAGUCGAGAGGUGCACAUGCUAGAGAGGACUACCCAGACAGAGACGAUGUCAAUUGGAUGAAGCAUACUUUGAGCUAUCAGAAGAGAUCAGGAACAAAGGUUGAGCUAGACUACAGAGAUGUCAUCUCACAUACACUAGAUGAAAAGGAAUGUAAAGCUGUGCCACCAACUGUGAGAGCGUACUAG